AAUUAUCGUCCCCCUCCCGGAAUUAACUUCUAUAUUAAUCUCCGCCGCGCCGCGGAGUCCUUUCCUUCUUUUCUCGGCUCUGUCCAUCUGAAAAGAUGAAAGAAAACUCUAGGGUUUCAAGGUUAAGCAAUCGGGCGACAGCGUCGAGGCUACCGAAGCUUUGAUCUUGGCUCGCUCUUUGGAACGGAAAGAGGGGGAUGGGCGGUGGGGAUCUCUUCGACCACCGAGCGGUGAUGGAUUCGGACUUCUCCGGGGCGAGCGGCAGCGAUCAGAACUUCGAGUUCGCGUUCAACUCCAGCAACUUCUCCGACCGCGUGCUCCGGAUCGAGAUCAUGGCGGAGCCACCGGGGAGCAAGUCCGACGGCGAGAGCGGAGCCGCUGCCGUGGAGUGGGCGCGGCAACCCAAGCGCAAGAGGGAGGAGAUCAAGAAGGACAAAGAAUCUUUAGCCACAGAGUCUGCAAAGUCUCCGCCAGAGCAUAUCUUGAAUUGUGACCAGCCCGACACAGAGGAUUGUGUGGCUUUUGAAAAUAACGAUGAGGAUGCAGUAGCAAUGAUUGAAGAAUCACCACCAAAUAUUGGUCGAGAUGGUGAUGAUGCACAAAGUAAUGAUUCAACUUGGGGCAUGGAAUGUUCUCAUGUUCUCAGGGUUAAAUCUAUUUACAUCAGUUCUGCAAUACUGGCAGCAAAAAGCCCGUUCUUUUACAAGCUUUUUUCAAAUGGCAUGAGGGAGUCUGAUCAACGGCAUGCCACCCUAAGAAUCAAUGCAUCAGAGGAAGCUGCUCUUAUGGAGCUCCUAACUUUUAUGUAUAGUGGAAAGUUGUCAACCACCUCACCUGCCCUCCUGCUGGAUGUGCUGAUGGCUGCUGAUAAGUUUGAAGUUGCCUCUUGCAUGAGACACUGCAGUCAGUUGCUUACAAGCUUACCCAUGACUACAGAAUCUGCACUUCUGUAUCUGGAUCUCCCUUCUAGUGUUUCAAUGGCCUCUGCAGUCCAGCCAUUGACUGAUGCAGCCAAGAAGUUCCUUGCCAAUAAAUAUAGGGACAUAACUAAGUUUCAAGAUGAAGUGAUGAAUCUUCCUCUCGCAGGCAUUGAAGCUAUACUGUCCAGUAAUGACCUCCAGGUGGCAUCUGAGGAUGCGGUCUAUGACUUUGUGCUCAAGUGGGCCCGUGCUCGGUACCCAAAGUUGGAGGAACGGCGUGAGAUCAUAGGGUCCCACUUUAUCCGUCUCAUACGUUUCCCUCAUAUGACUUGCAGGAAGCUUAGGAAAGUUCUUACCUGCAAUGACCUGGACCAUGAGCUUUCUUCUAAGGCUGUCACCGAGGCACUCUUCUUCAAGGCGGAUGCCCCGCACCGGCAGCGUGCCCUUGCUGCAGAUGAGUCGACCAGUCGGCGGUUUGUUGAGCGGGCAUACAAAUACCGUCCUUUGAAAGUGGUGGAGUUUGAUAGACCCCACCCACAAUGCAUAGUCUAUCUGGACCUGAAGCGGGAGGAGUGUGCCAAACUGUUCCCUUCAGGCCGGGUUUACUCUCAGGCAUUCCAUCUUGGCGGGCAGGGUUUCUUCCUCUCAGCUCACUGCAACCUGGAUCAGCAGAACUCAUUCCACUGCUUUGGGCUUUUUUUGGGGAUGCAAGAGAAGGGUUCCAUCAGCUUUACAGUAGACUAUGAGUUUGCUGCAAGGGCCAGGCCGUCGGGAGAGUUUGUCAGCAAGUACAAGGGCUACUACACUUUCACUGGUGGGAAGGCGGUUGGGUACAGGAAUUUGUUUGCCAUACCAUGGACAUCCUUCAUGGCCGAUGAUAGCCUCUUCUUCAUCAAUGGCGUUCUUCACUUGAGGGCUGAAUUGACCAUCAAGCAGCCAUCGCCAUCUUAGCUGAACCAGUGGAUCUGCAACUGUGUAUGAAGGUCACUCCUAUGAAUGCACCACGGGUGUUGUAUAUCUGAUGAAUACUGUUGGAUGCUUUCUUGUUUUACUUGCCUAGGCACUUGUGUCAAACCUAAUGAAGAAAGAAAAGAAGGUAGGUAAGCAUGCUGUCAAAAUGUCAGUCUUUGUUGUUUCCUUGACAAAUUUGAAAUGCAAAGAUUGGAUUGCGGUUAUGGUGAUA